AGCGAGGCCGCCCUGGAGCGCGCGGACGCGGCCCCGAGAUUAACAGGACGAAUUUGAUUUAAAGGAGGAAUUUCCCAGCCCUCAGGAAGCCGGACCCCGCGCAGACCCCUGCAGCGGAUCCUGCUCCCCAGGACUCGUGGGUUCCAUCGGGUGCAGGUCACCUUGGAGAGUGGGAGGAAGAAGACACCGUCUCGAGCAAAUCCGAACUUCCCGCAGGUUCUCCUGCAGCUGCUUUUGGAUUUCGGCUGCUUUUGCAAGACCUGUUAUUUCGGCGGAUCAGAGACAGUUGCACACAAUGUCCUAUUUCGAAGACGCUGACACAGAAGAAACUGUAACUUGUCUUCAGAUGACAGUUUACCAUCCUGGCCAGCAGAAGAGUGGAAUAUUCCAAUCAAUAAGAUUUUAUAACCGAGAGAAGCUUCCCUCCAGUGAAGUGGUGAAAUUUGGCCGAAAUUCCAACAUCUGUCAUUAUACCUUUCAGGACAAGCAGGUUUCCCGAGUUCAGUUCUCUCUGCAGCUUUUUAAAAAGUUUGACAGCUCAGUUCUCUCUUUUGAAAUUAAAAACAUGAGCAAGAAGACCAGUCUGAUCGUGGACAAUAAGGAGCUGGGCUACCUCAAUAAGAUGGACCUGCCGUACAGGUGCAUGGUCAGAUUUGGCGAGUACCAGUUCCUGAUAGAGAAGGAAGAUGGGGAAUCGUUGGAAUUUUUUGAGACUCAGUUUAUUUUGUCGCCAAGGUCACUCUCUCAAGAAAACGACUGGCCACCACAGAUGCCCGUGCCUGAGUAUGGUAGUUAUUCAUCCUGUUCCACCCAAACCACUUCUCCUACAGAAAUAGAUGAAAAUGAAUUCUGAACCCAGAGGACUAAAGAGAAUAAUGAAGGAUGAAGUUCUCUGCAGAUACUUUAUAGACAUGCCUCUGCUGAAGUUUCUCAGCAUUGGUUGUAUUGUCAGAUCUGGACCUGGUAUUACCAUUUUGAAGUCUGUAAGUGGGGCCAGCCUUAGUCACCUGUUGCAUCCAUAGAGGUAUAAAAAGCUAUUUUGUGUACAUGUGUGAGGGUUAAUGCACAAAAAACAUCCUCUGUGGUAUACUAAUAGUUUUCAGAGUGUUUUCUUUUUAUGUGUGGUUCUAAUCCUGUUUUCGUCAGGGAUCAUCUCUGACCUGGUCAUGUCAUUUCACAGCAGCCAUUUGUUUUCAGGGUCAAGGUCACAGGUGUAUUGUCAGUGUGUCCGUAGCUGUUAAGCUUGUAGUACGAGAGUACUAGGUGCAUUGUGCGGUCUUAAUAUGGGAAAACUUACUUGAGAAGUAGUACCCUGAUUUUCUGUGAUUUCUUUCUAUAGUGAUGGAAUGUUUAUUCCCGAGAGCACAGUUCUCCUUGUAUAUAUCCAGCAUCUAAAACCAUUAUUUUAAAGAAACACUGUGUUGAGCUUCAAGUUGUUUUUCAUUUUUAUUAAAAAAAUUAUUUUUUUAAAUGUAUGUCACAAAUUUUAAUUCCAAGAAUUCAGAUUUUUAAUAGCUUCCAGGUAUAAAGUCAAAGUUUAAUUCUCUUUUCCAUUUUCUUUGAAAUGCUCUCUGAAGACCUGUCUGACUGCAUUGUACCAUUAAACAUUUACAAUAAAUGCUUAAAUACUUUUAAGGCAGAUUUUAUGUCCAAAACUGUUGCCCUCAUUUAAGACUUACAUGCAGCUCACUUUAACCGGGUAAUUACUGAGUGUUAAAUAAUGAUAAAUAGUUUUGCUCAAUUUUUUCCUGCAUAAAAAGUCCUUUUUUAAAAAAAAUAUGCAGUUUAACAGCUUUUCUAAACUAUAUUUUGUAAAUUCUGGCACCUCUUAUUAAGACAUUACUAAACCUUUGUUUUUGAUUCAGGCCAUCAGUCCAGGCUUACCUCCACACUAAUAUGUGGCACCAACAUCUGUGUCUUCACUUCCUCCAUCUAGGACUUCCGGGAUAUAGUAAUUGUGCUUAUGAAAAUGCUGGAAAGAUCGUCUCACUUCUUAUGUCCAUUUCUUUUUUCUCCUGGUUCCUCGCUGGUGGAGUCAUGGCCCACCAAAAGAUGUCCAUGUGCUAAUCUCCAGAACCUGUGACUGCUAUUAUAAGGCAAAGGAGAAAGCUGUAGCUGUAGAAUGAAAGUAAGGCAGCUAAUCAGUUGGCCUUCUAAUAGAGAUGAUCUGGAUGACCCAGUGAAUCAUAGUGGUCCUCAAAAAGUAGAAGAGGCAGAACAGGAUGCCCGCAGCAUGCAGUGUGAGGAUUCCACCAGCUGCUGGUGGCUCUGAAGAUGGAGGGUCCCUGAGCCAAGGAUGUGGGGGACAUCUUUAAGCUGGACAGGGAAAUCUCCAGAAAGGAACGCAGCCACAUCGACACUCCGAAUUCGGUGAGCGCUGCCUUGAACUUGUAACCUAUAGAACUUCAUGAUAAAUUUGUGUUGUUGCAAACCACUCAACUGUACAAAUUUAUUACAGAAAACUAGUAUGUUCCUGUGACCUGAGGGCAUCUGUCUUUCUUACAACUAUCAAUGAAAUUUCUUUAUUAUAUCCUCUUUUUGUGGGAUUGUAGCUUCCUGUCUGAUGUAGGUUUACAACUUGUUGGACUUGCUCCUGGAACAGUCUCAUGGUAAAGACUGAUGAGUCAAGUGUAUACACUUUCAUGUGUGCACCCUGUCACAUUCUGACCAUUGUAAAAGAUUUUGUUACCUGAUUGCUAUUUCUUGACUUUGAGAAUGAUGGAUGAGUUGCUAAGCUACAAAGUUUAAAUAUGAAGGAAAUCAGGUAUCACUGUUAUUGAACCCAAACAAAGUAUUGGAUGGCAUUUACAUUGCAAAUACUGUCAAGUUUAGUUUUAGCUGCUUUACUAAUUUGCUACUCUGUUUUGUCUUCACAGCAGAUUUAAUAAAAUAAUUUGUAAGUCAGAAUUGUAUGUUUAUGGAGUAAAGAGUAAGAAGUCACUAUAUUUAAA